UGGUCACACUGUGAGGUCACGUGACCACUGCCAAUAUACCAAAGACAAGACAAUAAUCUUCAUCGACUUCUUUGGUUUAUAGCCACGAGGUUUUUAGAAAUACAUCAAUUUAAUAGUGAAAUAAUAAAAAAGAUUCAUUUUAUUAGGACAAAAUGCCACCUAGUAAUCCUCUACCGCCUAAAGAAAAUGCACUUUUUAAAAGAAUUUUGCGUUGCUACGAACAUAAACAAUAUAAAAAUGGUUUAAAAUUCGCAAAGCAAAUACUAUCGAACCCAAAAUUUGCAGAGCAUGGAGAAACACUGGCAAUGAAAGGGUUGACUUUAAAUUGCUUGGGUCGCAAAGAUGAAGCAUAUGAAUAUGUGCGUCGUGGUCUGCGCAAUGAUUUAAAGUCACCAGUCUGUUGGCAUGUUUAUGGUCUCCUUCAACGCUCAGACAAAAAAUAUGACGAAGCUAUAAAGUGUUAUCGAAAUGCAUUGAAAUGGGAAAAGGAAAACAUUCAAAUUUUAAGAGAUCUCUCUUUACUCCAAAUUCAGAUGCGGGAUUUAGAAGGCUAUAAAGAUACUCGAUAUCAACUCUUUACGCUUAGACCAACGCAAAGGGCAUCAUGGAUAGGCUUUGCAAUGAGCUAUCAUUUGUUAGGAGACUAUGAAAUGGCAAACAGUAUUCUAGAUGCUUUUCGUACUAACCAAAUGAAGGGGCCAUAUGACUAUGAGCAUUCAGAAUUGCUGCUUUAUCAAAAUAUGGUGUUAGCAGAAUCAGGCCAAUAUGAAAGGGCCUUGCUGCAUUUGCACAAGUUCCAAAGCCAAAUUUCUGACAAGUUAUCAAUUAAAGAGACCUCUGGUGAAUAUUAUUUAAAAUUGAAGAGGUUCAAAGAAGCUGAAGCAGUGUAUGAAGAUCUAUUAAAGAGAAACCCAGAAAAUGUGAUGUAUUAUCAGAAAUUAAUAGAAGCUAAACAAUUAAGUGACCCUGAUGAAAAAGUGGCCUUUUUUGAUGUGUAUAAGAAGGAAUACCCGAAAUCGAUAGCCCCACGCCGUUUGCAGUUAACGGAGGCGCGAGCGCAGGCGUUCGGCCGCCUCGUCGACGAAUACCUAAGGCACGGGCUCCAUAAAGGCAUCCCGCCUUUGUUUGUCGAUCUCAGGUCGUUAUAUGCAGACCAAAGUAAAGCAGACACAAUAGAGAAACUAGUGUUACAGUACAUAGAGAAUCUUACCAAGAGCGGUACAUUCAGUUCCGAGCCUGAAGAGGUGAAGCAGCCGGCCAGUGCUUUAUUAUGGGCUUACUACUUCGCUGCACAGCACUUUGAUUACAAGAAAGAUACGGACAGAGCCCUCCAUUACAUAGAUGCUGCGAUAGAACAUACUCCCACGCUCAUUGAAUUGUUUAUUGUGAAAGGAAGGAUAUUUAAGCACGCUGGCGAUCCAGUGUCCGCUUACCAAUGGCUAGAAGAAGCACAGGCUAUGGACACAGCCGAUCGCUAUGUUAACAGCAAAUGUGCCAGAUAUAUGUUACGGGCGGGGCACGUGAAGAGGGCCGAGGAUAUGUGCGCCAAGUUCACUAGAGAAGGUGUGCCAGCGACUGAAAAUCUGAACGAGAUGCAGUGCAUGUGGUUCCAAACUGAGGCUGCGGCAGCCUACCAGCGCCUGCAUCAGUGGGGAGAUGCCCUUAAGAAGGCCCACGAGGUCGACAGGCAUUUCUCUGAAAUAAUGGAAGAUCAGUUCGACUUCCACUCGUACUGUAUGCGCAAGAUGACUCUGCGCUCGUACGUUGGCCUCCUGAGGCUCGAAGAUGUGCUGCGGUCGCAUCCCUUCUACUUCCGGUGUGCGCGCGUCGCGAUUCAGGUGUACCUGCGUCUGUAUACACAGCCGCUGCAGGAUGCGCCGCAGACCGCAGAGCCCGAUACAGAAAACUUAGCACCUUCAGAGUUGAAGAAACUUAGAAACAAACAGAGGAAAGCGAAACGUAAAGCGGAGCAGGAAAGCGCACUCGCGGCACAGGUUCAGGUGAAAAGAGAACAGCAUCACAAGGCGCGGCAGCAGCAGGAGCAAGGAGACCCGGAGGCGCCACAACUCGACGAGCUCAUACCUGACAAGUUGGCGAGAGCAGAGGACCCCCUACAGCAAGCAAUCAAGUUCCUACAACCACUGCGGACACUCGCCGCGGAUAGAAUAGAAACACAUCUAAUGGCCUUCGAAAUAUACUUUAGGAAAGAACGGCCGCUACUGAUGCUGCAGAGCAUCAAGCGGGCGUGGCGGAUAGACCCCUUACAUCACCACGUGCAUUCCUGCCUCGUCCGGUUCCGGUGCUGGCUGGACUCGGCAUUACAUUCGAUGAACCAAAGCGUGGCUGCUGUAGUGCAAGCUAAUUGCCAACAGUUGUUCAAAGACCGCACCGCCAUUCAAAUGGCCGAGGAGUACUUAGAGGGCCCCGCGCUCCGGUCGCAAGCGGGCGCUCUGUGGGGCUCCCGGGAGCUGCGCCGCCUCGCGCCCUCCCGCGCGCCCCACGCGCUGCGCCUCGCCACCGCCCUGCACUACGCUGACCUCUCCAUACAGGGUUGCGUGGAAGUCCUAGAUAGCCUCAGGGAAGGCGACUUCGGGCCGUGCGAAGAAGAGAUAGAACGAUAUAUCGAAGCGUGUCGCGCCAAGUUCCCGUACGCGAUCGCGUUCAAGCCCGCUCAGCCCCAAACCCAGCCCCAGAGCCAAACCCAGCCCGAGCUGAACGACAACCAUGUGGACGACAAUGUUCUACAGUCCACCGAGAACGCGGUCAGCAAUUAAAACCGGAACCAAAAUAAAUUCCAAUACAGACGUAAGCGGCUCUGAAUCUUGAACUUUAUUCAUAAUUUUAUUUUCAUCACAUCUAUUGGAAAAGAGCUAGUUUGUUCUCUGUUUACAGGGACAAAAGUAGCGUAUUAAUCUAUAUGAAUUAAUAAUCCUUUUGGAUCAGGAAGGAGGAUAUUGUUAGGAAGUGUUCCAAUCACCAAAGAGAUCUCACGUCUAUUUAAUGAACAAAACAGGGUGAAAACCGCGCGCUCGCCAAAUAAAAAAAAGUUAGUAGAAAACUACAAACGCGCGAAAUACUCGGGUUUUUUCCAUUGGAAUAUUGACAUUGGUUUUAUAAAAAAAAAAGAGCAUUUCAUGAGUAGUGAGAAUGAAAGUAUGCUAAAAAUGUGAUACAAAGCAAAUAAUGAAAAUAUCAUCGUUUAGAAAAAUCCAAGGAAGGUGAAUUAUUUUACAGAAAAUGUGUUUUUGGCAUAUUUCUCUAGAUUGUCUUGUUGUUGUUGUAUGUAAAUAAAUUAACGUACUUUUUUUUACAUAUUCGUAGUUGCAUUUACUCAUUUUUUUUACAUAAACUAACGAUCCGCGGUAAAAUUUAAUUUAACUGAAUAAAUUAUCUGUAAGGAAUAAUGUAACUUUUCACCGAUGAAAGAAUUUGCAAAAUAGGUGCAGUAGUUUCAUUGAUUACUUCCCACAAUCAAACUCACAACCUCUAUAUUAUAUACCUAUAUAAUAAUAUGUAAAGGAUCGCUACAUACCUAUGUAGCGAUCCGUCCCGACUUUGCACGGAUGAAAUUUAUUUUGACAUGAUCAAAUAUGAGAAAUAAUAAGUCCAGCCACGGAAUUUUUAUAAGGCCACGUGAUUAAACUUUUCUUUUUAUAACUAUGCAACGGGAUUAUGAGUUUCACUCUGGUAUAAUGUAGCUUUCUAAGGGUGAAAGAAUUUUCAAAAUAGGUCUAGUAGUUUGUAAUUUUAUUCGUUAUAAAAAUACAAAUCUUUUCCUUUUUAUAUUACUUAUGACUUUGCACUGAUAAAUUUAUUUGAACGAGAUGAAAAAUAUAGCCCAUGACACUCAGGAAUAAAAUAUUUUCAAAAUCUGUCCAUUAGUUCCAGAGAUUAGUUCUAUAAACAAACUCGCAAUCUUUACUUCUUUAAAAUAUAAGUACAUAGAUAAACUAGGACCCGCCUUCGCUUCGCUUCUGUGCAGACUAUUACAGAUAAUGAUGAAGACUACUGUAACAAUUUGAAACUGGCAACUCUAUUAUGUUUUUGAAGUUAAACUUUUUGGACAGAGUGUAACGCGACUAUAUAUAAUACUAGUGGCCGCUAACGACUACGUACUCGUGGAGCUAGUUAGAAAUAAAGGUUCACUGCUCGUUCCCCUUAGGUGAUAGCGUGAUAAUAUGUAGUCUAUAUGUUGACCCGACUUCUUAAUAAUAUUCGUUUCAAAUUUGAAGUAAAUCCAUGCAGUACUUUUUGAGUUUAUCCCGGACAUACAUACAGACUAACAGACGAAAAUUCAAUAAACUAUAUUUUUGACUUCGGUAUAGAUUGUAGAUCACACCCCAAGUAUUCUUUUAAAAAAAAUAUUCAAUGUACAGUUUUGACUUUCCUACCAUUUUAUUAUGUGUCGCACCUCCCUCUGUCCUGACGAGCAGGAAAGAGUAACUCAGCGACUACUGGAACGCUACACCCGCGACAAUAUAUAUAUAUGAGUAUGCGUGCGCUGCUCCAUUCCCCUAUGCCUUAUGCACCGCCUAAUGUUAGGUUAUUUAAGAAAAGACGUUUCACUUCAGAUGUGUGAUCCGUGCAAACUUUUUUUUUAUUAAUAGUUCAUCCAUUCAUCGAGUUAUUCAAAUCUGCCGAAUUAUUCCAACCGACUUUGAACUUUAUCUUGCUUGAUAUGUAAAGAAUUGCAAUAGGGAUGAUGACAGUGUAAAGUAAUCGAAAUUCUAUUUAGCUCGACAGUGGUGUCGUUUCUGGCAGGAUUCUCUAAACCUAAACUUAAAUUUGAUAACAGUGUAUCCUUGUCAUUCUCUAUACAGAAUGAAAAGGAUAGACUGAUGAUAAUUUAGUUUUAAGUUUAGAGAACCAUGCCAGAAUCGACACUAGUAAGACUAUUACCUACUACUAAAAAAUGUUGGACACAUACUUUUUCCUUUGUCAUUCAACCAAAAAAUUUCAAAAAUAACGCGCGUCAAAGUGUGGGGCUCGUGAUGUCACUUCUAAGUAAAAAUUGUACCAAGAUGUGGCGUCAUGCGAUAUUUCAAGUCAAUAUAUCUCUGUAAGGUUUUGGUUAUUCGAAAGACAGAAUAAUAAGGUUAUAUUGAUGAAUAUAUUGAUUUGAAAUGAAAAACUAUUUGACACGUAAAUACAUAAGUGCAUAAAGAAGAAAUACGUGUCCAAUACUUUUUGAUAAUCUACCUUAUAGAUGAAGAAAAACAAAGUGUUUCGUCAUCCCUAUUUUAAAUACGGAUUGAAUAAAUGUAAAACAGUGCCACGAAGUAGCCAUUAAGAAAGAUGGGAAAAAUAUUCAUUAUGAAACAAAUACAUAGCAACUGUUAGAUGACCCAACGACUAAACUAGAACUAACCUAUAUAUAAAGAUAGGCUUAAAUUGUUUUAAACUUUCAUGGUCAAUAAUAUUUUAGCUAUUAACGGGAUUGUUACUGUUGCAAGCGUCUUGAUCACGGAGUAACCUUAGAUUAAAACAAAAAGGGUAGAUACGGCACUAGCCUCACAAAAAUGAUCCGCACAAAUUGUGGUCCACGACCCUAAUCGCUUUAGUCACAACUUGACAUGCAAACGACGUACAUGUAAACGCCAAAAAGAAAUAUUGAUAAUAUUUUGUGAUUAUAUGAUAAAACAAUGCCUAAGUAUGUUUUUAAAAGGUACUGAAAUUGCUCAAGAACUAAAAAUAAAACCCACGGCAUCAC